AUGUCGGCGUCAAAAUCCCCUGACAUAUUCAACGCGUCGCGGAAUCGCAUUCGUGUUAACGACAUUCAAGACGAGGAGGAGCGCGCAAACGCAGCGUACGCAGAGAAGCAUAACCUUCAGAGCCUUUUUUCCGAGCUGGCCGAGCACCUUUGUGAGAAGGAUCCUAAAACAGAGGUAGAGGCGGAACGUGUCCUGCUGGAAUUCCUCUCUCAGCGCAAGGCAGAACGUGACCGAGCUGCACUGCGACUGCAGUUUACCCACUCCUUUGAGGUGAACCUUGACAACGGGCGCAAGAUACUGAAGGUUCAAGUUGAUCAAGAAGCAUCCACACUUCAGUUAGAGCAAAAGGGUCGCGUGUGGAGCAUGGAUGAAGCCUUCGUCAUUUCUCUUGAACAGAUCGAAGACCUAACAGAGAUGUUCUACGAGCUGGGCCGUUUCGUUGUGGAUGUGCCAAAGGGAGAGCAGGGUGGGUUUAUUAGCAUCGACGAGCGGGAUGUGUACUUUCUUUCCGCGUGCCGGGAGUGCAUGGAGGCCGGCGAUGAGCUCUUCAACUUGGCCAUGCACAUUAGUAUGAGCCAGGGUACGAAGCUGUAG